AAUAAGCCUCAUUGAAGAACCAGCAAUUAAUCCCCACAUCGUCUCUCAUCAAUGCUACAAUCUUAUUUUGCACAACCUUACAAGAAAAAGUCCAUAAAAAAAAAAAUUAAAAAAAAGCUUCUUUUGACCGUUCACCUUAAAAAUGGGGAGAAGUUUUCUUCUUGUUUUGCUCCUUCAAAUCAUAGUUACUGAAGUUGCUAGUGCUGGUGUUGGUGUUGGUGUUGGCAUAGGUGGUGGGACUGGAGGUGUUUGGUUUGGUGGAGGGAUUAACACUCCAGGACCAGGUGGAGUUCCUUCUAGCCAAAAUUCAGCUUACACUGCUCUUCAAACAUGGAAAUCUGCAAUAACUGAUGACCCAUUGGGAAUCUUGAACAAUUGGGUUGGUCCAAAUGUGUGCACUUACAAAGGUAUCUUUUGUUCACACUCUCAAGAUUACAUGGGCAACCCAACUGACCCUGUUGUUACAGGUAUAGAUCUCAAUCAUGCAAAUCUUCAAGGCACUCUUGUUAAAGAACUGUCUUUCUUAACACAAAUGUCUCUCCUUCACCUUAAUACCAACAGAUUUUCAGGCACAAUCCCACAAACAUUUAAAGAUUUGUCAUCUCUUGUUGAGUUAGACCUUAGUAACAACCAUUUCUCUGGUCCUUUCCCUGCUACAGUUCUAUACAUCCCUAAUCUUGUUUAUUUAGAUCUUAGAUACAAUAGUUUCUCAGGGCCAAUUCCUGAAGAUCUCUUCAACAAAAAACUUGAUGCUAUCUUUCUUAAUAAUAACCAGUUUGAUGGUGAGUUGCCACAGAGUUUAGGGAAUUCUCCUGCUUCAGUUAUUAAUUUUGCUAAUAACAAGUUUAGUGGCAGUAUUCCUUUUAGUUUGGGGUACAUGGGUCCAAGAAUUAAAGAGAUUUUGUUCCUAAACAACCAGUUAAAUGGUUGUAUACCAGAAGGUGUGGGAAUGUGGACAGAUUUGCAAGUUCUUGAUGUGAGUGCCAAUUCACUAAUGGGACAUUUGCCAGAUACAAUUUCUUGCUUGAGUGGCAUUGAAGUACUUAACUUGGCACAUAACAAGUUGACUGGAGAGUUGCCUGACUUGGUUUGUUCAAUAAGAAGCCUUGUGAAUUUGUCUGUUGCUUAUAAUUUCUUCACUGAGUUGAGUCAAGAUUGUGACAAACUUCCUUUAAGAAAUGUUGGAAUUGAUUUCUCAUUGAAUUGUAUUCCUGGAAGGCAAAUGCAAAGGCCUCAACCUGAGUGUUCUGUGAUUCCUGGUGGUAGUCUUAGUUGUCUUAGAGUACCUGCAGUUAAGCCUCUUGUUUGUGGAACAAUCAUUGGUGAUGAAAAAACUACUAGUAUUUCAUCACCUCCUUCUAAUUAAUGGUAUAUUUUUUCUUCA